AUGACCGACCAGGAUGGGUUAGGACAGAUGACCGACCGUGAUGAGUUAGGACAGAGGACCGACCGUGAUGAGUUAGGUCAGAGGACCGACCGGGAUAUAUUAGGACAGAUGACCGACCAGGAUGGGUUAGGACAGAGGACCGACCGGGAUGGGUUAGGACAGAGGACCGACUGGGAUGGGUUAGGACAGAGGACUGACCGGGAUGGGUUAGGACAGAGGACCGACCGGGAUAUAUUAGGACAGAUGACCGACCAGGAUGGGUUAGGACAGAGGACUGACCGGGAUGGGUUAGGACAGAGGACCGACCGUGAUGAGUUAGGACAGAGGACCGACCGGGAUAUAUUAGGACAGAUGACCGACCAGGAUGGGUUAGGACAGAGGACCGACCGGGAUGGGUUAGGACAGAGGACCGACUGGGAUGGGUUAGGACAGAGGACCGACCGGGAUGGGUUAGGACAGAGGACCGACCGGGAUAUAUUAGGACAGAUGACCGACCAGGAUGGGUUAGGACAGAGGACCGACCGGGAUGGGUUAGGACAGAGGACCGACGAGGAUGGAUUAGGACAGAGGACCGACUGGGAUGGGUUAGGACAGAGGACUGACCGGGAUGGGUUAGGACAGAGGACCGACCGGGAUAUAUUAGGACAGAUGACCGACCAGGAUGGGUUAGGACAGAGGACUGACCGGGAUGGGUUAGGACAGAGGACCGACCGUGAUGAGUUAGGACAGAGGACCGACCGGGAUAUAUUAGGACAGAUGACCGACCAGGAUGGGUUAGGACAGAGGACCGACCGGGAUGGGUUAGGACAGAGGACCGACUGGGAUGGGUUAGGACAGAGGACCGACCGGGAUGGGUUAGGACAGAGGACCGACCGGGAUAUAUUAGGACAGAUGACCGACCAGGAUGGGUUAGGACAGAGGACCGACCGGGAUGGGUUAGGACAGAGGACCGACGAGGAUGGAUUAGGACAGGGGACUGACCGGGAUGGGUUAGGACAGAGGACUGACCGGGAUGGGUUAGGACAGAGGACCGACCGGGAUGGAUUAGGACAGAGGACUGACCGGGAUGGGUUAGGACAGAGGACUGACCGGGAUGGGUUAGGACAGAGGACCGUCCGGGAUGGAUUAGGACAGAGGACUGACCGGGAUGGGUUAGGACAGAGGACUGACCGGGAUGGGUUAGGACAGAGGACUGACCGGGAUGGGUUAGGACAGAGGACUGACCGGGAUGGGUUAGGACAGAGGAUCGACCGGGAUGGGUUAGGACAGAGGACCGACCGGGAUGGGUUAGGACAGAGGAUCGACCGGGGUGGGUUAGAACAGAGGACCGACCGGGAUGGGUAA